GGGUGAUUUAAGUGUGUGUGUGUGUGUGUGUGUGUGUGUGUGUGUGUGUUCAUUAUGGUUGCAAGUUUCGUCCCCAUCCAUUGUAUCUUUUUAGUUUCCUGGUGCCUGGGGGUUGGGAUAGCAUGCUCCUCCCUUCUCCAUUCUUGUCUACUUGCAACAAUAAACAAUCAAUCAAUCAUAUAUGGGUGCAAGCGGGUGUCAUGUUGGAAUAGUGAAGAGUUGACAUGGAUGGAAUAAGCGAAAAUAAGCAUGUGAAUGAACCCAACCGAAGGACAGAUGUUAUUAUAUUUGCCGCGAUUAGGUUAUUUGGAUAUCCUUAAUGUAAUGACGCUGUGUGAUAGGGAAGUAUUGCCUUAUCGCCGCCCACCUGUGUAUGUCAGCAGGAGCACACACACACACACACACACACACACACAGACAGCCCCGUUUAGUCUUGCCAUAUAGCUCUCGUGAAACAAAUUCUGCCCAUUUCUUGCGUUCUUUACCUACCUUAUACGAUGCCCACUCUCCUCCAGUCCAUACUCCUCCAUCUCUCUCUCUUUCCCUCCCUCUCUCUUCUCUCACAAAUACUAUUGAUGAUGUAUUUAAAGCUAAUUUCUGACUCAUCUUUUGCUUAUCUCUUCAUUUUCUUGUUGUUUUUCUUCUUCUAUUAUUCCUUCCCCUCCUGUCCCUCUCCGGCAUAUGACCACAGAUGUUGCGCCGACUAAACGAAACUUUCCAACUUCGUAUUUUUUGUACUUAUAUUAGUGUGUUGUUAUUUGUCUCCCACUAACCUCAACCCCUCUCGGCAAGGCAUAGGAAUGAGUGUAAAGAUAAAAAAAACAAGCGUGAUAAUAGCCAUGGAUUAACUGUCCUUUUUUAUUUAUUUUCAUUUUCUUUAAGACAUCGUUUAGCUACAAGUGUGAUAGAUUGUUAUCAUUUGUUUAUUUACUAAUUUUUUUUCUUUUCCACGAACGUUUGCAUAUACACGAACGUAUUUCCCGGUACUACUGGUUUACUCGGUACGACAGUUUGGACGUACAUUCGGCAUAAGCUGUACGAUAUUAGUCACUGGGAUCAGAACAAUAUUACAGUGCCCAUGUACAUUCUAGUGAGAGAAAACAGAGCAGUGUGAAUCAGCGAGAGAGAAGGACCUACGAAGCGAUAUAUAAGGCGAUAUAGGUCAAACGAAGAAGAUACAAAGCGAUAUAGGUGUACGAUAUACUGAGAUCGGGACAAUAUUACAGUGGUAUCGUACAUUCUAGUGAGAAAAGGCAGAAUAACAAUUGAAAAGCAGUGUGAAUAAGCGAGGGAGAAUCAAGAGGAGGAGGACCUAUUAUACGAAGCUAUAUAGGUCAGACGAAGAAGGAGACGAAGAUGCGAAGCGAUAUUGGUCAAACGAAGGAGGAGAAGAAGAUACGAAGCGAUGUUGGUCAAACGAAGGAGGAAAAGAAGAAGAUACGAAGAUAGGUCAAACGAAGCAGGGAAAGAAGAAGAUACGAAGCGAUAUUGGUCAAACGAAGGAGGAGAAGAAGAUACGAAGCGAUGUUGGUCAAACGAAGGAGGAGAAGAAGAUACGAAGCGAUAUUGGUCAAACGAAGAAGGAGAAGAAGAUACGAAGCGAUGUUGGUCAAACGAAGAAGGAGAAGAAGAUACGAAGCGAUAUUGGUCAAACGAAGCAGGGAAAGAAGAAGAUACGAAGCGAUAUUGGUCAAACGAAGAAGGAAAAGAUACGAAGCGAUAUUUGUCAAACGAAGGAGGAAAAGAAGAAGAUACGAAGAUAGGUCAAACGAAGCAGGGAAAGAAGAUGAUACGAAGCGAUAUUGGUCAAACGAAGAAGGAGAAGAAGAUACGAAGCGAUAUUUGUCAAACGAAGGAGGAAAAGAAGAAGAUACGAAGAUUGGUCAAACGAAGCAGGGUGAGAAGAAGAUACGAAGCGAUAUUGGUCAAACGAAGAAGGAGAAGAUACGAAGCGAUAUUGGUCAAACGAAGAAGGAUUAGGAGAUACGAAGCGAUAUUGGUCAAACGAAGCAGGGAAAGAAGAAGAUACGAAGCGAUAUUGGUCAAACGAAGGAGAAGAUACGAAGCGAUAUUUGUCAAACGAAGCAGGGAAAGAAGAAGAUACGAAGCGAUAUUGGUCAAACGAAGGAGAAGAUACGAAGCGAUAUUGGUCAAACGAAGAAGGAGAAGAAGAUACGAAUCGAUAUUGGUCAAACGAAGAAGGAUUAGAAGAUACGAAGCGAUAUUUGUCAAACGAAGGAGAAGAAGAUACGAAGAUAGGUCAAACGAAGAAGGAGAACAAGAAGAUACAAAGCAUAUAGGUCCAAAGAAGAAGAAGAAGAAGAUCCGGAGACGCUAG